AUGGCUUCGGGGGCCUCCGAGCUGGAGCUCCCUUUGGUGCAGGACGUUCCGCUGACCCGGUGCAUGAGGCUGCGGGCGCAAAGCCUCCAGCAGAAGAACGAGAAAGCCCAGGAGGGCGAAAAGCUUCUGCAGCCCAACGAGUUUGUCUACCGGGUAGACUUCGCCCGCCAGCGGGGUCUCCGGUUCCUGCGCUGGCACGUCGCCCUGGGGAAACCGGGCAAGGUGACGGUCAUCGGCACCUCUCAGCACUGGACGCCGGAUCUCACCCACCUCAUGCGGAGGCAGCUUCUGGAGCCCGUGGCCGUCUUCUGGAAGAAGCCGGGCUCCGAAGAAGUGGAAUGCAAUGAAGCCGAUGCCUUGGAGUUUGGAGAGCGGCUGGCGGAGUUAGCCAGGAUCCGGAAGGUGAUGUAUUUUCUCCUGGUCUACGCGGAAGGCCUGGAUCCAGCGCACCUGAAGUGCUCGGUGGUGUUCACGGUCUGA